AUGAGAAGAUGGCAUAAGUGGCAACGGUGUAGCACAUACAGUAUUCUGCUGUUUAUAAUCUGUACAUCUGUCAAUGCGGUUGAAAUAUAUACUAAUCAUUUUUAUGUCCAUAUCAGACAACCAGGCAUUGAGAAUGCCCAUUUAAUAGCUAAACGACAUGGCUUCAUUAAUCAUGGAUCAGUUCUUGGCUCCACCGUUGAUUGGCAUUUCGUCCAACCAGCCCUAUCACAUGCACGAACAAAGCGUUCCUACACUCAUUAUAAAAAAUUAAGUGACGAUCGUGAUGUGGUGCACGUGGAACAGUUAACGGGUUUCAAACGUGUGAAGAGAGGAUAUAGAGCUCUGGAGGAACGGUUGCAGGAGCAGCUCGAUUUUACUGCGGCGCAAUCACCAACUGACCCGCUCUACCCAUAUCAGUGGUACUUGAAUAAUGUUGGACAAGCGAACGGUAAACCACGACUAGAUUUAAAUGUCGAAAAAGCUUGGGUACUUGGUAUCACUGGUAAAAAUAUAACAACGGCUAUCAUGGAUGAUGGUGUUGAUUAUAUGCAUCCGGAUCUGGCGAAUAAUUUUAAUGCAAGGGCUAGCUACGAUUUUAGUUCUAAUGACCCAUUCCCCUAUCCAAGGUACACCGAUGACUGGUUCAACUCACACGGAACACGCUGUGCCGGUGAAAUAGCCGCAGCACGUGAUAAUGGUAUUUGCGGCGUCGGUGUUGCUUAUGAUAGUAAAGUAGCUGGUAUUCGGAUGCUGGAUCAACCUUACAUGACAGAUCUCAUCGAGGCCAAUUCAAUGAGCCAUGAGCCAAAUUUGAUUCAUAUUUAUUCGGCAAGCUGGGGACCUACUGAUGAUGGGAAAACGGUAGAUGGACCACGUAAUGCAACAAUGCGUGCUAUCGUCAAAGGUGGACGUAAUGGUUUGGGAUCAAUUUUUGUAUGGGCAAGUGGGGAUGGCGGUGAGGAAGACGACUGCAACUGUGAUGGUUAUGCUGCUUCCAUGUGGACAAUAUCUAUUAAUUCCGCAAUUAACAGUGGUGAAAAUGCGCACUAUGACGAAAGUUGCUCUUCUACAUUGGCUUCAACAUUUUCGAACGGAGGACGAAAUCCAGAAACUGGGGUAGCAACAACGGAUUUGUAUAGCCGUUGCACGCGAUCGCAUAGUGGAACAUCGGCAGCAGCACCGGAAGCAGCUGGUGUUUUUGCGCUGGCACUAGAAGCAAAUCCAUUACUUACUUGGCGUGAUUUACAACAUCUAACAGUACUGACAUCAACACGAAAUUCAUUAUUUGAUGGGCGAUGCAGAGACUUGCCAGAUCUUGGCAUUGAAGAGGACGACGGGAACAAUAUAAAUGGUAUCAAUAACUGCACUCAUUUUGAAUGGAAAAUGAAUGGCGUUGGCUUGGAAUUUAAUCAUUUGUUCGGUUUUGGUGUAUUGGAUGCAGCUGAAAUGGUUAUGUUGGCGAUGGUUUGGAAGACUGUGCCUUCAAGAUUCCACUGCGAAGCGGGGACUAUUGCUACAUCGCGCGAAAUUCCCUCGACCGGAAAUCUUGUACUGGAAUUGAUUACUGAUGCAUGCUUGGGAACUCCGACAGAAGUUAAUUAUUUGGAACACGUACAAGCCGUUGUCUCUUUAAAUAGCAGCCGACGUGGUGACACUACUCUUUAUCUAGUAUCUCCAUCUGGUACACAAACAAUGAUUUUGUCUCGGCGUCCAAAAGAUAAUGAUAACAAAAAUGGAUUCACGAAUUGGCCCUUUAUGACCACACAUACUUGGGGUGAAAAUCCACGCGGCAAAUGGCGCUUGAUUGUCCGAUUCCAAGGCAGCUACAAAAAUCACGGUAUGGUGAAGAAAUUUACCCUUAUGCUUCAUGGUACCAAAGAUCCGCCAUAUACUGGUAUUGAACCUCUUCAAGGACAUGUAAACAGUAAACUGAAAGUGGUACAGAAGGCACAUAAACGUGCUUCAUUUCGUCGUUGA